AUGGUUGAUCGCAGGCCGACACUUUUUGCCACGCUGUCUGUCGGCGACGCGCAGCAGCAGCAGCAGGACGGUGUUGUGUCGCUCUUUCCCUUGGCUUGUCAUCGCGCCUACCUCAUCAUCGUCGAGACUUUCGCGGUUGCUUUGGCCACUGCCAUCUUGGCAUUCGGCGGUCACUCUGUCCAAGCAAUCUCCGUACCCAGCUUCGGGGCCUACAUCCUCGGCAUCAUAUGCAUACUCCUCGUACUGUGGCAAGUGCUAGGCUUCUUCACCGUCCGCUCGACCGGAAAGAUCCACGGACGAUACGUCACGAUCAACAUCUUACUCACCCUUGCUGCGCUCAUCGUCGCCGUCGCGCUCAUCGCCGUCAGUGCGACCAGACACUCUGCUGCGGUAGCGGCUUGUCAAGCCGACUUCAUUACGGGCCUGACCCUCAUUGACACGAGCACGGGCACACUCACGGGCAGCAGUGGCGCAAGUAACGGCAGCAAGACCGGUAAAGCUAUUUGCAACAUCUUCACGUGGGCUCAGCUUGGCGUCGCCGGCGGACUUUGGCUCUUGCUCGCACUCAUCCAGAGCUACUUCCUCAUGAUGCAGCGCUUCUUUGUCAACGAUCAGAGACGGGACCAGGCAAAGUAUAAUUCGCUGCGAUCACAAGGCGCCUUGGACGAUGCCUUUGCGCUCAAAGAAGGCAAAUGGAGUCAACAGCCCAGCACGCUGCAUGUGGACAGCGAAUCAGAGUUCAGGCAACCCUACGCAUCACGAAGCAGGACAGAAAUGAGUAGACAAGCUCGCUAUCCGCCGUCUGACGUCUACGACAACCCAUUCGAGGACUUCGGCUACGGCCAACGGCAGCAAUAUGCACAACAAGAAUCGGACGAGUACCUGGCGCAGCCCCAGCAUUACAGACAAGAUCGUUAUCGUGAGCAAUACCGCGAGCACUACUAG